AUGGCCUCCUAUUCUCCACCCACAGAUGUGGAGGAUGAAGUCUUGUGCCCCAUCUGCAGGGACUAUCUGACAGACCCCGUGACCUUGGACUGCGGCCACAACUUCUGUCAGGGCUGCAUCCAGAACUGCAGCGAUAAAUGGGAAGAAAAGGGUGCGGGGGACUUGGAGUGUCCGGUCUGCAGAGCCAAGAUCCAGAAAGGGAAUUUCCGUCCCAAUUGGGACCUGGCAAACAUAUCAGAAAAGUUUAAACUCCGAGGAAAGGAGCUAUGUGAGAAACACAAGGAAAGACUCCACCUGUUCUGCAGAGAUGAUAAAGAAUUGGUGUGCAUGUUUUGUGAACGUUCCCCGGAACAUGAAUCGCACACUGUGGUCCUCAAGGAAGAAGUUGUCCAGGAAUACAAGGUACGAAGUCAUCUUUGCACUUGGUAACUGACUCCUUCCUCCUCCCCACCGUGCGUUCUCUUUGCAGAAUAUUGUCUCAAUGUGUCUGGAAAGCAACUCCCAAUGCAAGGGAGCUUCUAGUUUUCUGUAGGUAGUGGCCUCGGUCCAGUAUACCUGAGGGAGCGUCUCCACCUCCAUCGUUCUGCCCGGACACUGAGGUCCAGCACUGAGGGCCUUCUGGCGGUUCCCUUGCUGUGAGAAGCCAAGUUACAGGGAACCAGGCAGAGGGCCUUCUCGGUAGUGGCGCCCGCCCUGUGGAACGCCCUCCCACCAAAUGUCAAAGAGAAAAAUAACUACCAAACUUUUAGAAGACAUCUAAAGGCAGCCCUGUUUAGGGAAGCUUUUAAUGUUUAAUAGGUUAUUGUAUUUUAGUGUUUUGUUGGAAGCUGCCCAGAGUGGCUGCGGAAACCCAGCCAGAUGGGCGGGGUAUAAAUAAAUAAAUAAAUAAAUAAAUAAUAAUAAUAAUAAUGGGGGCUCCCAUCUUUCCCCUAAAAAAAAUUCUGUAUUAAGGGAUUCUUUGUUUUGACAUUUCCUGGAACAUUUUGUAAAGGAUAGUUUCAUCCAUCCCAAGGGGUGAAGAACAGGGUAACACCCUUCUCCUCAUUGCAAACACAGCAGCUGUGCAGUCUGACAGGAGAAUCUUAGGGUUCAUCCACACUUAUGCUCAGUGGCGUAGUAACAUCAGGCGGGACCCGGUGCUAAAAUUUCUUGUCACCCCGCCCCGCCCCCCCCACAUUGAAAUUAUUAAAAGAAGGAAAAAUAAGAUACUUAUAGUUGCAGGUGUUAUUUUCUGGUUUAUUUACUUAACAUUGUAGGCAAAAGCACUUAAAACCCCUUUUUCCGAACUUUGUUCUCUGCAAAUUUUGAAAUCACAUCAUCAAAAUCAAUUCCUUUCGCUACUUUGUUUUCAAUUGACAAGAUGGCUAAGCCAGAGAUCCGAGCUUGACUCAUAGUGGACCUAAGAUAACUCUUGAUUAAUUUUAGUUUUGAAAAACUCCUCUCACAUGAUGUUUAGCAAUGUGAACUGAACUUUAGAUUACUUCAUAAUUUGAAUUAAGGCUGAAAGCAAACAGGAAAUUGCCCUAAAAAUGGCAAUUAUACAUAUAUUUGUAUUUACCUUUUAGGCUCUGUGCCUGUUUCAGCAAUUCACAUAAGCCUCUAGUAAAAAUACCAUUUAUAGAAAUAGCAGGAGUUAUACAAACGGGUCUUACUCAAAAAUGACAGAAAGCACUUUGCAACUACUCACUUAAAACCUAGGAUCGCAUCCUCUGCAAGGAGACAGAGCAGCUUCAAGCCGAUCACUCUUCCUAAGCGCAGGGCCGACCUUGUUCCCAGGCGCUUGAAUGCAUGGCGGAAAAUAAGCAUAUCGCCCACCUCUACUCUCUCCAAAUCAAUCCUGAGUUUUUGUUUUCUCUUCAGAAUGUGAUGGAUAGCUGCCUGGAGAAUCUCCUGGAGGAGAAAGAGAAAAUUCUGGUAAAAAAAGCAGCGGUAAAAAGGGAAAGCGAAGACCUGCUGGUAAGUGACCUGGACACUGGGAAGGGAAGGAGGACGUAAGCCAUCACUCUCAUAUUGAGAAACUUCAUGUAAAACGCAGAGAAACAAAAGCCAAGAGGCAGCCCAAGUCCUCAGAACACCUGUCCUUUUGGAAAGGCCUCAUCUCUCCUAAAAUUUGUUAGCUGGGAGUAAGGCCCGCUGAACGCAGUGUGACUUUCUUCUGACUGCACUGGCCUGGCUACGAAUUAGUUUCCGGGCCCAAUUCAAAGUGCUGGUUUUAACCUAUAAAGUGUUAAAAAAAGGAGCAAUGCAGCAGCGAGCUCCAGAUGGCUGGAAAGCCAAACAGGAUGUUGAUGCUUGGGACUGUACCGUGGGAACAAAGGGACAGUCUAUUCACUGCACUGAGCACCGGAUGUUAGCUCAGAGUGUCAUCUGACCUGUACUGGAAGUACAGGGGAGGGGUUAUUCUCUCUCUCGGCUGUUGGUGUUAAGAGAGUGCAGACAUGUUUCUCUGUACUGCUGGAAAGACAGAAAUAAAAGGCAUGUAAAUACAUUUCUGUCUGUCUCUUUCCCCUCCCUGGGGAUAGCAGGGAAGAGGGGAGGAGUGGUGUGUUCUUCUCACGUCUGAGGAGGAUCGCCGAUAGAGAUUCUCGCCUGCAUCUGCCGGGAGUCGCAGACAGAGAGGUUAUUAACUCAAGCCGGGUGCCUGGAGAGUGGCCAAUUCCUCUGAUAAGGCUUGAUUUCGACAUAAAGUGCCUCGGCAACAUCCAAAGGCCCCGAUCCACUAGGUGCUGGGGUGGAUUGCAGAGUCAGGCCCAGGCUGCCACCAGGGGGCAGCAAAAAAGCAGCUCUGGCUCACCCAGCCCUACCCAUUGCCACCCCACUACCACAUUUACCUGACAUGGGUUUUGUUUUUGUUUUUUUAAAAUAUUUUAUUUAUAUGCCACCCUCCCCAGCCGAAGCCGGGCUCAGAGCGGCUAACAACAGUAAAAUGAUACAACAUUCUAAAAUCAUUUCAUUAUGAAAUCAGUUGAAAUCAUAUUAAUGGCAACCAUUGGGCUAGAGUUCUGUGAGGAUUGCCAAAGAAGGGGGUCAGGCUGUGCCUUGGCCAAAGGCCGGGUGGAACAGCUCCAUCUUGCAGGCCCUGCAGAAAGAUGUCAAGUCCCGCAGGGCCCUAGUCUCUUGUGACAGAGCGUUCCACCAGAUUGGAGCCACAGCCAAAAAAGCCCUGGCUCUGGUUGAGGCCAGCCUAACCUCUCUGUGGCCUGGGACCUCCAAGAUGUUUUUGUUUGAAGACUGUAAGGUCCUCGGUGGGGCAUACCAGGAGAGGCGGUCCCGUAGGUAUGAGGGUCCUAGGCCUUAUAGGGCUUUAAAGGUUAAAACCAACACCUUAAACCUGAUCCUAUACUCUACCGGGAGCCAGUGCAGCUGGUAUAGCACCGGGUGAAUGUGAUCCCACAGCAAGGACCCCAUAAGGAAUAAAAUUACAGGUCCAGGGCCAAGGGCCUUCUGGCAGUUCCCUCGCUGUGAGAAGCCAAGUUACAGGGAACCAGGCAGAGGGCCUUCUCAGUAGUGGCACCCACCCUGGGGAACGCCCUUCCACCAGAUGUCAAAGAGAAAAAUAACUACAAACUUUUAGAAGACAUCUGAAGGCAGCCCUGUUUAGGGAAGCUUUUAAUGUUUAAUAGGUUAUUGUAUUUUAGUGUUUUGUUGGAAGCCGCCCAAAGUGGCUGGGGAAACCCAGUGAGAUGGGCGGAGUAUAAAUAAUAAAGUAUUAUUACAUUUAUUUAUUUAUUUAUUUAUUUAAUUAAUUCUGCACCCGCUGGAGUUUCUGGGUCAGUCUCAAGGGCAGCCCCAUGUAGAGUGAGUUACAAUAAUCCAGUCUGGAGGUGACCGUCACAUGGAUCACAGUGGCUAGGUCAGGGCAAGAGAGGGUUCUAGAUUGUGGGCUCUAUUGAUUGAAACGGGAGCCUCAGCAAUCACCCUCUCCUGCCAGAAAAAAAACCAGGACUACACCAAGAAAAUGCAAAUGGCAAAAAGGAGUGCCAGGCCCUGGUGGGCACCCCCUUACCCACUUGGGUUUGGCCAAGCAAAUAGCCGGCCAAUCAGGAUUUUCUUGCUACACUUUUCACUGCCCUCUGUGGCCCCCUAGUCUCUUGCUGUGGCCCCCUUAGAAUAUCAUUGGGUCCCCCCGGUUGGGGAACACUGCUUUACACCACCAGCCCUUUCUGGGUCAAAUUACUUGUUACAAUCCUUGGCAUUUUACCCCCAAUGCUUCUCACCCAGUCUAGAAGUCUCAGAGUCAGCAUCUUCCUGACUUCUCAUCGUGCUAAUAAUAAUAAUAAUAAUAAUAAUAAUAAUAAUAGUUAUUUAUACCCCGCCCUCCCCUGCCAAAGCCAGGUUCAGGGCGGCUAACACCAGUAAAAGUACAGUAAAAACAUAAUUGGGGGGGGGGACCAAUUUAAAAUACAGGUUAAAAUGCAAUUUAAAAUGCAGCCUCAUUUUAAAAGUAGCCCAUAGAUUAAACCCAUAAGGGGAGGGAAACAUAAGGACCAGAUGGAGUCCAAACCAAAGGCCAGGCGGAACAGCUCUCUCUUGCAGGCCCUGUGGAAAGAUGUCAAGUCCCGCAGGGCCCUAGUCUCUUGUGAUAGAGCGUUCCACCAAAUUGGGGCCAGUACUGAAAAGGCCCUGGCCCUAGUUGAGACCAGUCUAACCACCUUGCGACCUGGGACCUCCAAAAUGUUGUCAUUUGUGGACCGUAAGGUUCUCUGCGGGGCAUACCAAGAGAGGCGUUCUCGUAGGCUUUGAGAAGCCAGAAUUGCCCUUCCUGUGGAAUUCUCACAACACCCCUCUAUUCUGCGAAGACUGGACACAAAUACAGAUGCUGAAUUCCUUUCCUCUUCUUUUUUAUUCUGCUUAUUGCAGAAAUUAACAGAAACGGAGAGGCAAAAGGCAGCCAAUGAGUUCAGGCAACUGCGCCAGUUUCUCAAAAAGCAAGAGAAGCGCCUGCUGAAUCAGAUGGAGAAGGUGGAGAAAGAGAUUGCAGCAAAAAGGGAUCAGCUCAUGGACCAGCUCUCUGAGGAACUCUCCUCUCUUCAAAGGAUCAUCCAGGAGAUUGAGGAGAAACGCCAGCAGCCGGGAAGUGAACUCCUCCUGGUAAGGCUGUGGCAGAAGCAGCUGAAAGUGUGUUUGUAAGGGAAUUAUUAUCAUUUUGGGAAGUUUUUAAAGAUUUGAUGUUUCCUUAUUUAUAGAUAUAAAUAUAUAUAUAUAUAUAUAUAUAUAUAUAUAUAUAUAUAUAUUCUGUUGGAUUAUAUAUAUUUGGUUGCCAGGGCUGUUCUAUAGAGGAGCAGGAUGACCCUCGAGUUCCCUUCCAACUCUACAAUUCUACGAUUCUGUGGGAGCUUCUUUCCAUCAUUUGCAAAUGUGGGUUUUCUCUCUUAUGUUGCAUGAAAAACUGGGAAGUUUCCCUGCAGAUUUUAAAAAGUGGGAGCAGCUUUGUUCUAUUCAUUUGCAUCUAAUAGUUCACCUUUCACUGCGUCGAAAUGGAGCCAUUUUGUCUGUUGACAAUAGUCUCGUGAAUAUCUCCUCCAUGGGAAACCCACAGCCCCAAAGGGCCAGAGCGAAUCCUAUCCUGGGUCUAUCUUGUGGCAGGCACUGAUUUCCCUUCUUCUCUCACUCUUUUUCUCUCUAGGAUGUGAGAAGCACCUUGCAGAGGUAAGUGGGUCCUUCUCAUUUCCAGUAGCUUCUCCUCAUGAGGCUGGGAAGGGUCCAGGAGCCCAGUACAUAAAACCUGCCCCUCCAGGCUCCAAGGGAGAGAGAGGGGGACUCCCCACACCUGCAGCAUUUCGCAGGUAACAACAGGAGCCCUCUUUUGAACCCCUCAUGUCCAACCUGUUUUUCUGCUCCUUUGUUCUCUUUCGCAGAAAAUGACAAAGAAUAGAAAACAUCUUUUAAGAGCCAGGCAAAAUCCUUUCAGUUUUUUCCUAGACUUUUAAACUUCUUCUUAGAUACCCUUACAUAUACUUUUAAGAUGGUGGGAGUUGUCUUCUGUAGCCCACUCUGCUAUUUCUUGAAGUGCUUUUUCGAGUUGCAUUUGAUUCCAUUUGUUGAAUUUUAACAAAUGGUUAGAGCAGCCGAAAGGCAUAAUCAAGGCAAAAAUGAACUGAGCAAUGGGUUGAAAAGAGGGCAAGAAUGGCCCAGUGCCAAGGAAUGGGUGAUGGAAUGAAAUAUGCAAUGUGUUGUCAAUACAGUGGUACCUCGGGCUGAGAACUUAAUUCAUUCUGGAGGUACGUUCUUAACCUGAAACUGUUCUUAACCUGAGGUACCACUUUAGCUAAUGGGGCCUCCCGCUGCCGCCAUGCCACCACUGCACAAUUUCUGUUCUCAUCCUGAAGCAAAGUUCUUAACCUGAGAUACUCCUUCCGGUUAGCAGAGUCUGUAACCUGAAGCGUCUGUAACCUGAAGCGUCUGUAACCCGAGGUACCACUGUACACUCAGAUAAUUUAUGCCCUUUUAGGGUUGCCAUGUUUCAAAAAAUUAAAAUCCGGAUGCAGAAGUUGUUGGGCUUUUUUUUGGCAAAGUUGUUGAGCUAUGUCUGGAAAAUUUCGGACGUAUGGCAACCCUAUGCCCUUUGCAUGUUAUAGGCAAUGCUGCAAAGCUAGAAACAGAGAAACUCUGAGCGUAAUGGUAUCACUUGACGUUUCUUUUUACUGGCAUAGAUGUAAGUGGGGAGACUCAGAGACCGUGUUCUGGCCCCCAGGUGUCUGGCUUUGGCGUCCAUAAUCUCCUCCAACCCUCUGGGCCUCAAUCCCUCUGUGUUUGCCUCUCCCUCUCGGCUUUCUAGCAGUUCCUUCCUCCUCUCAAUUCCUUUGCAUUCCUUGGAGUUGGGUGGUUUAAAAUUGUUUUUCUCCACCAGAUAUGAGAAAAGAGAGAGACUAGGGAAUCCAGUGGAUCUCCCUCCAGAGCUGAAGAAAAGGAUCUCGCAAUUCUGUGCUACAAAUCCCCUUCUGCAGGGUGACAUGAAGCAGUUCAAAGGUAAUGAAUAAUGGCGGUGAGGAUUUUAUGCUAGGUAUUGUAUAAGUCUGAAAAUGAGCAUGCCAGACUCUUCAUUAUAUUUUGUUCUUGCCAAAUAGUCAGUGGUAGCAUCAGCAGAGCUUCCUUCUUUGCAGCCUAGUCAUCAUUCCCCCACUCCCACAACUACCCAUUGCCGCAUUUAUAUUGCCAUUCUCGUCCUCAGAGGCUGGAGUGGUAACCACCGCAAAUGCACCAGGGCGUAUUGUAUUGUAUUGUAUUGUAAAGUCCUGAGUUUUUGUUCCAACAUGUUUCUGUUCAUAACUAUAUGGAAUCUCCUUUGCAUAUUGUUGCCGAUCUACACAAUCAGGAGUGGUCCUUUGGGAGAUUCUCAGAGUUUGCUUGGGCUUCACAACAAGCACCUAUUACCCUCAUGAGGCAUCUCCUUCUCAGACUCUGCUCUAUCUAUCUAUCAUCUAUCUAUCUAUCUAUCUAUCUAUCUAUCUAUCUAUCUAUCUAUCAUCUAUUAAUUAAUUUUAUACUACCCCUUCAUUAUUAGAUCUCAGGGCAAAUCACAGAAUGAAAAAAUCCAGUGCUGCAACCAUCUUGGUCUCACAAGAGAUUCCACAUUUCACUGGAGAAGUAAGGGGACAUUCCAAACAGCCUCUACCUAAAUGUUUCUAUCCAUGGCUGUUAGGCUGCUGAAUGAAAAGAUAACAACAGGGCAACUGACUUUUGGGUUUGGUGGGUGUGCGUCAGUAAACGAGGGGAAUUAAGACUAAGAGAGCUGAGUGGGGGUGCUCGUGUAAUCUCACUGUAUACAAAUUGUACAAGUGACAAUAAAGUAUUUCAAUUUCAAUUAUUAUUAGUUUUUUUAAAAAGAAUAUUUGUUCAACUUAAUUUCUUUAACUUUAAAUAUGCAGUAUGUUAUGAAGACAUAUUUUUGUGACAAGAUUUACCAGAGGUCCAACACUGUAGUGCUUAAACUUUCUAUCUUCUUCCUUCUUCAGACACUGUAUUCCUCAGACUGGCUCAGAAAGGUGAAUUUCCAAUGGAAGACCAAAUUCACAGAGGGGAUGGGAAAUGUUGUUUUAUUGGGUUCAAACAGCCCGUCCCCCAGACCUUGGAACAAUCAGUAGCUUAACUUGAGUGAAUUGCACUGUUGUGAUGUUGCAGCCAUCAUAGCAUCCAAUUCCUGGAUCCACUCACACAAAAAAGGAAAGUAAACAUUUUCUGGGUCAUUUGAGAUACCUGGAAUGACAGGAGGGGUACAGCAUAAAUAAUGUUAUUAUUUUGUUUCUUUAUUACAUUUAUCAAUCUCUUUAUACAGAGAAAAUAUCGCAAAACAACUUGAGCAAAUAAAAUACACAAUGUAAAAGUCAGAAAAAGUCAGAAAAAUGUAAGACAAUGAACAGAAUAUACAAAACGUUCAUCCAGCAACAUAUAUUGAAUAAGGGGGGGGGAGCCUAAUUUAAAAAGACAGCAAAAAGGGCAUUUAUCAUCUGGAGGAAGGAGAGGAGGGUCCCAAUCCUGAAUGCAAUGCAAUGAAGUCCUAUUUCAUGAGAGAGGGAACCUGGUUCUUGGGUUUUGUCUUGCAUUGGUGUGUCCUCUCUUUCCGCGGAUUCUGCCUCUUUUCCUUACGCCUCAUCUCUCUCCCCAACAGCAAAUGUCACUCUGGAUCCAGCCACAGCUUAUCCUCGGCUUGUCCUGUCUGAGGACUGCAAAAGCGUGAGAUGGCGAGACGAAUAUCAACACCUGCCCAACAAUUCUGAGAGGUUCUACAGCGAUCCUGCUGUGCUGGGACGUGAGGGCUUCACCAAAGGCAGCCAUUACUGGGAAGUCAUUGUGGGAAGUGAGGAGAUGUGGGCUCUUGGGGUUGCCAGGAAGUCAGUGAGGAGAAAGGGCUGCUUAGCCUUAAGUCCUGAAGGAGGCGUCUGGGCUGUGGGGAAGAGGGGAGGUUGGUACAGUGCCUUCAACCCCCCCGACAACCCUCCACUGUCCCUGAGCAACAAGCCCAAGCGGAUCCGAGUGACUCUGAACUAUGAUGGGAGGGAAGUGUCUUUCUUCGAUGCCGACACAGGAGCCCAUCUCUACACCUUCCUAGGAGCCUCGUUCUCUGGAGAGAUGCUCCUCCCUUUCUUUUGGCUGUCAGGAAACAAAACCCAACUCAGGAUGGCUUAA